AUAGAUCUUGAAGUGCCUCAAUAUCUUCAGCAAAAUAUAUCUCCUGCUGAGAUUCAGAAGUGUGCCCACAGACUCGCAAAAAGGCAUUUUAGGAGGUUGGCUGUGGCUGCUAAGAUAAAGGAUGAAAAUCAAAUCUCCACCAUCAUCGGUGAAAAUAAGGAUGUGCUGUUGAUCGUUGAACAGAUGAUAAAUGAUUGGUUGAUUGGACAAGAAUGUGGCAACUAUGAAAAGAGAUGCAAGCUGGAUGAUGCCAUCAUUGAGAUUGGUCGCCAUGAUGUGACCGAUUCAUUUGGGACAACGAGCUACAGAGUCCAAUCAGGGAAUGAUCAUAAGAGAGAACAUUCUUAUGCAAACUAUUUCGAUUGCAGCAGUUUAUUUGACGACGAUAUUGAAUCUUUGCUGAGGUAUCUUCCUUCUGGUGCAAUGCCAAUGUUUCUCGAAAAAAUUGGGAUUUUACGAGGAGACGACGAUGUCGGAGUAAGGCUGCGAUGCUGGCGAGAUCAAAGGAUAGGGAAACACAAAGGAUGUUCCCUACAAGAAACAACUGCAAUCCUUAUAGAAACCCUGCAGGAGACAAACAACAAUUACGUGUUGUCCUUGACCGAUGAUGAUCUGGAAAACAUAGUUGCAAGCAUGACCUCUCCAAAGCAGAUGGAAGUUCUUGCAUCGAAGCUGAAGAUAAAACCAGAGGGGCCACCACUACAAACCCUAAAAAACUGGAUGGAUGGGUCUAAGAAGGACAAUCGUCGUGACAUUUUGUGGAAAGCGCUCACUUCGAGUGAAUUAUCAGGAUGCAUCGUUCAACGACUUCCUUCAGAAUACGUUUACCAACCUGAGAUGUUACAUUUAGCUUGGAGCACGUUUUUAACUGACGUUCUGCCACUAGCGAACUUACUCAACAUGAAUAUCAACAAACGGGAUUCUCAGUUGAAAGGAACUGCUGAAUUGUUUCUGCAACUGUUAAAGAAAUCGCAUACUUUAGACUCAGUUCGUCGUCGUGAUUUCUCUAUUGCCAUUAGAAACCUAGGCUGUCUGGAUAUUGCACGAUCUGUAUAUUUUGGUUAUGACGCAAGUCUUAGUGAACUGUGCAACAUGGUAUCAGGGCUGUUGGAAGACGAGAUUGUGAAGUUGAUGGACAAUCUGGAAUUAGAGAGAGAUGCUCUCUCAGUCUGUAAAGGAACAACAGGAGAAUACGACAUCGUCAGACUCAUGGAGAUCUGGAAAGGACGACACAGUUCAGGACCAUUCGACUACAGAUUAAAGUUAGCUUUAGGUCUACGUGCUGCUGGAAAAACCGAGGUUGCCAGGAAGAUUAUUGCAGGGAUAGGUAUCUCUGACAUGGUGACAGUCAAUCCCGAUGUGGUGAAAAGGAUAUGCGACGGAAUUGGCAAUGGUCAAUUGGGAAGGCUUGCGGAACACCUGGGAUUAAAUGCCAAAGGAGAUAACCAAGUCGAUACUUCAGCUCUUGUUAUCCAGUGGGCAACAGAGUGGUUCAGCAAGGCUGACCGUUCUUCACUAUUCGAAUCCUUCAAGGGUACGUUCACCAACGAGGAGAAAUCUCGUAAAAAAGAAAUCGACAAUCUUUUCAAGGCAGGAUUUGGCAGACUUGCUGAAGAACUAAUGCUCCUCGAGGUAUCUAGACUACGUAUCAUCAAGCAGGGGCAGAUGACAUUAUCCGAUGAUUUCGUAGAUGAACCUUGCGAAAGUAAAAAUCAAGAGACACCUGAACAAAUGGAAUCUGAGAACAAUCUACCAAGCGGAGCAUGUUCCGAGGACUCAAGUACGGGUGUUCAAGGAACAUCAUGCAACAACGAGAAUGAAGAUACGUAACUGUAGGGAUAUGCUUGAACUGUCGGAGAGCUCCUUAAAGUUGUUUCCAGGAGUGAAAAGAAAUUUUUGGGGAUAUUUUUUUUUUCUUCAAAUAUUAAUCUGAUUGUAGUGACAAAGACGCCGCUGAGAUGGUUAUUAAUCCUAUGGAAAUGGGCUAUCAUAGCUACCGAAGGAGAAUAUAACAAAUGUAAAUAGAACCAUGAAGGUAUCUAUUAUACCAUGGCUAUGAGACUCUAUGGUGAAUUAGUUCAAAUGAUACAAGGAUUUCCCCCCGUUUUCAAAGUCAGUUUUAAUAAGAAUUCAUUUUUGUAACAUCUUUGUUUUUUUGUGACGCACUGUAACUCGAUUGACGGAAUAAUCGUUGAGUAGUGUGCAUAUAAUUAUAUAGAUAGAGCCUUCAAACAGUUAGUUAUAUUCAUAUAAUUGUUUGAUGAAGGCCCAGUGGUCAGAUAUUGUGUCUCCAAUGGCAGUACAACUAUUGAAUUCGUCAUAUUUUUUGCCAUUAAAUUUUAACUGUCUUCGAAAUGUGACACUGCUAUGAUUGUCACAAAUCAGUAUUCUGAACAGUGUUUUUUCUUUGUCAUGUCUCUGAGAAAGAUAGAAUAUCGAGAAAAGACAAUGUUCAGAAUACCGUCCCUGAAUAUCAAGUUUUCAUGUCUGAAGAAUUAUUGGAGUUAUGAUAACAAGACAUUUCACGUCAUUUUUGAUGCUCUCUGUUAUUCAUGUUGUAUAUGAAUUCACUAUUUCUAUGUAAGAUAUUAAUUUUUUGCAUACAUGUAUAUUAGAGUCUUUCUUGACUUUUAUUUUCAAUUUGACUUAUUUAUACAUUCGCGUUAAAUGACUUUCCAUUAUAUCCUUUUCUAGAAGCAGUCCAUGUUGGGAAAUCACAAGAACUGCAAUAUAGUGCCCCGGUACUUUCAGCUGGACAAAAUAUGGAAAUAGGCUUUUGGUUGUUUUUUAAAAUAUAUAUGUUCAAUUAACUUUUAUUAAAAUGUUUAAUCAUAACGUAUAAAAAAAAUAUUUGUAGAUAUAUAUAUAUAUCCUUUGACGAUAAAUGGUUUACAAGAGAUCCAGGCUGAAGGAUACCGUUACUACAAUAUUUAUUCCAGGUUAUAUUGAAAUAGGAUUAAUUCCUAACCCACCUGUCAUUUUAAGUCAGAGCCCACCGCUUUGAUACCACCUUUUGCUAUUUGUUUGUAUGUAGUACAAAAUAGUACAGCACCUUAAAUCUCACCGUUUGCUCGCACAAUAUGGUAAUAAUAUCGGAAGUUAAUUGUUCUUUUGUGGCGCCGCUUUUCCGACGCGGUGUCAACAUUAAAUCUUAACCGAAAGUUUUUUAAAUGACAUCACAACUUAGAAAGAAUAUGGACCUAGUUCUUGAAACUUGAACACAUGUUUAUUAAAGUAUUACUGAGCAUUCUGUCUGAGUUUCAGGUCACAUGACUAAGGUCAAAAGCCAUUUAAGGUCGAUGAACGUAGACUAACCCUAAGGUUAAGUUUUUGAAAUUUCAUCAUAACUUAAAAGGUUUAUGAACCUAGUUCAUCAAACGUGAACAUAAAAUUUAGACAUAAAAUUAAUCAGGUAUCUCUGAACAUCCUGUGCGAGGUUCAUGUCACAUGACCAAGGUCAAAGGUCAUUUAAGGUCAAUUAACUUUGGCCAAGUUUGGGGUAUUUGUUGAAUUACCAUCAUAACUCUGAAAGUGUACUGGCCUAGUUCUUUAAACUUGGACAUAAGAGUAAUCAAGUAUCACUGAACACCCUGUGCGACUUUCAAGUCACAUGCCCAAGGUCAAAGGUCAUAAGGUCAAUGAGCUUUGGCCAUGUUGGGGUAAUGGUUAAAUGCCAUCAUAACUUUGAAAGUUUAUGAAAUAUAUGGACAUAGGCGUAAUCGAGUAUCGCAUGAUCAAGGACUCGAACAAAUUAUUAUAUUAUAUUACUUGCUCUUUUCAACGUCAGCACUGCUGCUAUAUUGAAUUGUGUAAUGCUGGCGAGACUGCCAGAAGCGCUCCACUUGCUCUUUUAUUUUGUACAUUGUAAUUCCCUUUUAAAUCAUUUCCAUGAAGAGAUGAAGAGUGCUAUGGACAUGUAUAUCAUACAUUUCUUAUUAUUCAAAGUUGAAUUGGUAGAGUGACUUUUCCAAAUUAUACAAAGUGCGACUAUUUUCAUCUUGGUCUCGGCCCGAGCUGCCGCUUACAGGUUUGGCGUUCAUUGUAUUCAAUGCAUUUGUUCCUGCCAAAUAGGGCCUUACCAUUCAACUCACCUGGGUCGAGUGCAGCACAAUGUUGAUAAUGGAGCUCAAAAGAGCAAUGACGUGAUAUUACCGUGUUUCGUUGUAUCUUGCCUGUUUGCUGUUGUUGCCUUUGGAAUGAGGGCAGUGUGUUUUGGUCUGUUUUAAUUAUUUUAGUGAAUGAUUGUCAUUAUCAUGAUAUUAUUAGCAAUUUAUUGUUGUUUCUAUUUUGCCAUCAUCAUUUUUAUUAUUGCUUUAAUGUGAAAGAAAGAGGCUGUUGGAUGCAGGAAGUAGGCUCACACUUCUUCAAAUAAUCAAGCUUUCAACCUUUAGGGGGGGCACAAUUAUAAAAUAAAUAAUGGGCAACAGGGUGGUUCAGAAAGUUUUACAGUUUUUCACUUCUCGAAUCCAUCAAGGGAAUGUUCUCAAACGAGGAGAAAUCUCGUAAAAAUGCUUCUUGAGGUAUCUAGAUUACGUUCCGCGAAGCAAGGGGAGAUGCCAUUAUCCAAUGAUAGAAAUCAAGAGACAUCUGAACAAGUUGAGUAGUAUAGUAAAGUAUUCAUUUUCAGUAUAAAAAUUCAAAACGGAUGGAUAGCCCAUAUUUAGUUUAGUCAACAUGACAAUGCUCUUCUUCCAUGGGGUCCACAAUCUGAGAAAAAUCCACCAAGCGAAGCAUGUCCCGAGGAUUCAAGUUCAGGUGUUCAAGGGACAUCAUACAACCAUAGAGCUAUUAAUAGCUCCAUGAUACAACGUUGAGAAUGAAAAUACGCAAAUAUAGGGAUAUGCCUGAACUCUCGGAGAGCUCCUUAAGUUGGAAACUCUUUUUUUUUCAAAUCUUAAUCUUUGCUGUGACAAAGACGCAGCUGAGAUAGUUAUCUAUACUAUAGGAAGAGGUUAUUAAAGCUGCCGAAGUAGAAUGAACUACAUGUGAAUUUAACCACUGAGGUAGCUGUUAUAUCUUGGCUGUGAAAUUGACGGUAAGUAAAUUUUAAUCAGGAUUCAUUUUUGUAACAACUUUGGUUUUCUGUGACGCACUGUAACCGACUGACAGAAUAAUAGUUGAGUAGCGUGCAUAUAAGAUUGAUCGAGCACUCAAGCAGUUAGUUAUAUUCAUAAAAUUGUAAUUUGAUAAGGCCUAAUUUUCUGAAAUUAUGCGUUCAAUGUCAGUAGACCCAUUUGAAUUAAUGAUAUCCAGCAGGGGCUGCGGAACCGGGGGGACUGCAGCCCCCUUACACUUUUUUGAGAAGAUACGUUUGAAAAAAAAAUCACAAAACGCUUUUACAGCUAUUUAGAUAUUAUUGAAGUAAAUUGAAUAAUUCAAACUUGGUAUACCUAAUGUAUGAAAUGAACUAAGGAACGCCUUUUGUCGGUUUCAUUCAAACAAUCAAGACAAUGGAUUCCAAGUUGUUCUGUGAACCCUAAAUGGUACAUUGCAUACCAUCGACUUGCAAAGUACACGUGCGCUGCCAUUCCAUUCAUUGUUUUUAUUUGGCAAUAAGUCAUGAUUGGCUACGAUUGACUGCGCCAUUCAACCCGUUAUCUAGGGUAGAUAUAGACCAAUUAUUGUGCGCAAGCUUUUCUCCCACAUGUCUUAUGAGAUACAGUCCAUGGCAUCGCAUUCACACAAAGAAUUGUUCCUGUUUAAUCGUUUAAGAUUACCAAUCCUGAAUUUAAAAAAAUUGAUCAUUUUGAGGAUAAGGAAUUUGAGGUAUGUAGCAUUAGAAGUAAUGAUCAAAUAAUUUGCAAUUUUCUUUUUUAUAUAUACAAAUUUAAUGAAAAUUUCAUGCGUGAAUGACAAAUAAUCUAAGUAAUUUCAGAUGAAAGAGGAAAUUAUAAGCUUUACAAUGGUAGGUCAUUUGUCUAUUGUAUUUGUGAUUAAGUUAUGAUAAAUCAACGCAAAAUCUCCGUUUCUUUUCUUUUUUUUUUUGGUGGGACGCACUGUAUAUUGUCCCUUUUACACGAAUUGGUGCUGUUGUGGGGAAUCAGUACAAUAUGGCCGUGAACUUCUUUACAUAUGUUAUAAACAUGUGAUUUGAAAUUCAUGGUGAAAAUGGGAAAAAUAAUUAUAGUACUAGGUGUAUUAUAUAUUACAUUCAAUGUGUAAACAUGAAAUUUUGUUUCUUUGGUGAAUGCUUCUCAUUCUAAUCAGGUUGGUGCGUCGGACAGCUAUCAGUUUAAUUGAUGGAGACAAUAAAUAUCUGAAUAAAAAAUAUCCAUUAGGCUUA